AUGGCACCACCAAAAAAGCCUAGCAUGCUUGAUCUGGGCCUGGGCUCAUGGAGCCUUAGCACCCAGGAGAGCCACAGGUCUCAGGCACCUUCCAGGGGCAAGCAGCUGCCGGAGUACAAGGCAGUGGUGGUGGGCGCAAGUGGUGUGGGCAAGAGCGCACUGACCAUCCAGCUAAACCACCAGUGCUUCGUGGAAGACCAUGACCCCACGAUCCAGGAUUCCUACUGGAAGGAGGUGACCCUGGACCAUGGGGGCUACAUUCUGAAUGUGUUGGACACAGCCGGGCAGGCCACUCAUAAGGCCCUGCGUGACCAGUGCUUGGCUGUUGGGGAUGGUGUGCUGGGUGUCUUUGCCCUCGAUGACCCCUCAUCUCUAACCCAGCUGCAGCAGAUGCGGGCCACCUGGGGUCCUCACUAUACCCGGCCCCUUGUCCUUGUGGGCAACAAGUGCGACCUUGUGACCACCACUGGAGAUGCUCAUGCUGCUGCUAUAGCCCUUGCGAAGAGCUGGGGGGCCCCCUUUGUGGAGACCUCAGCCAAAACACGGCAAGGUGUAGAAGAGGCUUUUUCCCUGCUCAUCCAUGAGAUCCAAAGGGUCCAGGAGGCCAUGGCAAAGGAGGCUGAGGCAGGGUCAGGUGGCAAUAAGUCUCGGCACCAGAAGACCAUGUGCCACUGUGGCUGUUCUGUGGCCUGA